AUGGGAACUGUGGGCAAUGGCUAUGGCAAUGGCAAUGGCAAUGGCAAUGCAGCCAUAAAAUGCGACAUUGUGGUUCUCCCAAGUCCAGGCAUAGGCCACGUCACACCUCUCUUAGAACUCUCAAAGUUGCUCGUCACACACCAUAACUUCCACGUCACCUUCCUUAACAUCACCACCGAAGCUUCCACUGUCCAAAACCGCAUCCUCCACUCACCAGACCUCCCUCCAAACAUCCACGUCAUCGAUCUUCCACCCGUUGACCUCUCCUUAGUAGUCAACGACCAAACCCCAGUCUUAACCCGCGUUUGUCUCAAUCUCCAAGAAAACAUACGCAACAUAAACGCACUUCUCAAGCAACUCCCAAACACACCCCAAGCCCUCAUAAUCGACUUGUUCGGUACCCAAGCUUUGGAUCAAAUUCCAAACAUUCCCAUCUUCACUUUUUUCACUCCCUCCGCACAUUUGCUCGCUUUAUCCCUUUUUCUCCCUCAACUCGACCGUGACGUGGAGGGAGAAUUCGUGGACCUUCCAGAACCGGUUCAGGUACCCGGUUGCAAACCGAUCCGAACCGAGGACUUGUUAGACCAAAUCACGAGCCGUAAGAACGAUGAAUAUAAAUGGUAUUUUUAUCACGUGAGUCGCGUGCCUAUGUCAGCAGGGAUCUUAAUGAACACGUGGCAAGAUCUUGAACCCGUCACGUUUAAAGCACUGAGGGAGGAUUCGUUUUACCGCAACAUACCAAUUCCACCGGUUUACCCCAUUGGACCGGUAAUCAAAGAGUACGAACCGGUAACCGAAACCGUAACUGAGUGUCUCGGUUGGCUCGAUAACCAACCCGCAGGUUCGGUUCUGUUUGUUUCGUUCGGGAGUGGUGGUGUUUUAAGUAUGGAGCAACAAACCGAGUUGGCUUGGGGGUUAGAACUCAGUGGCCAGAGAUUCGUGUGGGUGGUUCGUGUGCCGAACGACGCUAAUGCUUCGGCAGCGUUUUUUAACAAUGGUGGCGAUGUUGCUGAUACGACGUCGUAUUUGCCUGAAGGGUUUGUUGAAAGGACACGAGAGAGAGGCAUGGUAGUUAUGUCGUGGACCUCGCAAGUGGCGAUUCUACGCCACGCGUCAACGGGCGCGUUUUUGUCACACUGUGGGUGGAACUCAACGUUGGAGAGCGUGGCGAAUGGGGUGCCAAUGAUCGCGUGGCCGUUGUACGCGGAACAGAAGAUGAAUGCUACAAUGGUGGAUGAAGAUUUGGGCGUGGCGGUGAAAGUGAAGUGUGGAGGUGGUGUGGUUGGGAGAAAGGAGAUAGAGAGGGUUGUGAGAAUGGUGAUUGAAGGUGAAGAAGGGAAGAGAAUGAAGCAACGAGCGAGAGAGUUGAAAAAAAGUGCAAAAAAAGCUUUAGAGGUUGGAGGAGCCUCGUAUGAGGCGCGAGCUGCAGUGGCCAAGGCGUGCAUGUUUACGAGAAACACCGUUUGCACUGAAAAGUUGCUGAAAAGGUGA